AUAUUCAUUCAAGCUGUCCACGUCAGAUUGCUGAGGAAGCAGGCAGGUCAGUUUGGUUAAUCAUUGCCAAGACAGACAUUCACCACUGAUCAUAUGACCAGACCACAUCCGAGAUAAGAAAACACCCAUCCCGAGCAGAAGGAAUUGAAAAGCCUCCCUUAUUUACAUGUUCUGGCUUUAUUGUUGUGCUGUAACAGAAGAGGCUCACACUUUGUCGGUGUUCUCAGAGCUCAGCCCAGCACAGCUGUUGUGUUGCUUUCCUUUUUCUGAAGAGGAAGUGAAAAAUUCCCUCCAUACGUGUGCUGGCACUUGAGUGCUUAGGUUUCACUCCCUAACUGGGAGCCGUCUGUAAUGAGCUCUCCGUGGGACCCAGAGAGGAGCUUUCAGCCGUGCCAAGAGUCGUUUCAUUUUAUGUCAAAGGAGAAGGGGGAGAAGAAGUCUACAAAGAGCUAAUAUGUGGAUGGUGCAAAAAUUGGUCUAAGGGUGUUGCAAACAGGAAAAGCAAAAGAAAAGCAGAAGCAGAGGAAGCAACAAAGUAUCAAGAUGGGAAACUUCUUUCGGAAGCACUGUGCCUGUUUGAAGCCUUACCUUCCCUGCUUAUUUGGGAGAAAUGGUGAGCAGGAAGACAAAGGAGGCCAGGUCUUUGCCAACCUUGCUGUGAUAAAACCUGAUCUCCAAGCAGGACAGAAGGACUUAGAGAGUAAGAUAAAAGAGAAACCUUUACCUCCACUGCCUGGCCAGGAGCUAGCAAACAUUUGCAAAUUUGUGGCACUGUUCGAUUAUGAUGCUCGCACUGAGGAUGACUUGAGCUUCCGAGCUGGGGAUAAGUUGGAAGUGCUGAAUGCAUCCCAUGAGGGAUGGUGGUAUGCCAAGCUUCUCCUGCCAGAGGGGUCAGUGUGUCCUGGCCGCAAGCUCACGGGCUACAUCCCUGCCAACUACAUAGCUGCUGACCAGAGCAUCGAAGCUGAGCCAUGGUUCUUUGGCCCAAUCAAACGAGCAGAUGCCGAGAGACAACUGUUGUACCCUGAAAACAAAGAAGGAGCCUUCCUAAUCCGAGAAAGUGAAAGUCUAAAAGGCGAAUACUCACUCUCAGUUUUUGAUGGCACAUCUGUGAAGCACUACAGGAUCAAAAGGAUGGAUGGAAGCUUUUUCCUAACCAGAAGGAAAACUUUUCAAACUUUGAAUAAGUUGGUUGACUAUUACAGCAAGAACAGUGAUGGCCUCUGCGUGUUGCUUGGACGGCCAUGCCUAAAGACACAAACUCCUGCUACUUUUGAUUUGUCUUACAAAACUGUUGAUCAGUGGGAGAUAGACCGACGAUCUCUGAAAUUUGUGAAAAAAUUAGGGUCUGGUCAGUUUGGUGAAGUAUGGGAAGGACUGUGGAAUAAUACCACCCCCGUGGCAAUCAAAACAUUAAAACCAGGUUCAAUGGAUCCAAAAGACUUUCUGAGGGAAGCACAAAUAAUGAAGAACUUGAGACACCCCAAGCUUAUACAGCUUUAUGCUGUCUGCACUUUGGAGGAUCCAAUUUAUAUUAUUACUGAGCUGAUGAGAUAUGGAAGUCUUCUAGAAUACCUUAAAAAAGAUGGAGGCUCUCAAAUCUCCCUGACACAUCAAAUAGACAUGGCUGCUCAGGUGGCUUCUGGGAUGGCAUACCUUGAAUCUCAGAACUAUAUCCAUCGGGACCUGGCAGCCAGGAAUGUUCUUGUGGGUGAGCACAAUGUUUACAAAGUGGCAGACUUCGGACUUGCAAGAGUUUUUAAGGUAGAAAAUGAAAAAAUAUAUGAAGCUAGGACUGAAACAAAACUCCCAGUGAAAUGGACAGCCCCAGAGGCAAUCCGCUACAGCAGAUUCAGCAUUAAAUCAGAUGUCUGGUCCUUUGGGAUACUUCUGUUUGAAAUAAUUACCUAUGGGCAGAUGCCUUAUCAUGGUAUGCCAGGACACCAAGUGAUCCAGCUGCUGGAAAAUGGGUACAGACUUCCUCAGCCAGAGACGUGCCCAGCGCCACUCUACAAGCUGAUGGAGAAGUGCUGGAGCGCGGAGGCCGAGGAGCGGCCCACCUUUGAGGCCCUCAGCGACCAGCUGGAGAACUACUUCAACAACGAGCUCUAUUCCUUUGCCUAGGCCCAGGCCAAGGGACAUGAACCCUCAGGAUGCUCCUAAAGGACAUGUCCUAGCCAACUUGGCUAAUGGAGGCUGUGGAGUCAGCCUAACCCCAGGUGUGGGGUUAUUUGAGGGUGCUGAAGAAUCCUGGUACACUUCACCUCCUCCCCGAUCUUCAAAGACUUAAAUUUUUUGCUGCUGGCAAGUGUUUUGCAAAACAAAGCAUCAGGAAGCUGGAGGGUGGGUGUUUCUAAAAAAUACUCUUCUAUUUAUUUUAAAAUGACAUGUUGCAAGAACAAACAAUUGAAAUGAGUCUAGCUAAGUAACUAUUGUAGCUUUUUGUCAUUUCUUUAUUGAAAUAAUUAUUUACUGUUAGACUUUUCAUUCCUAUAAUUUCUCGGGAAGGAAUGUGAUAGCUCUACACAGCAGGAUCUGUGCUCCCAGAGUCCUUUCAUUGUAAAAAAUAAUAAAAGUAAUCUUGUGACUGUGAUGGCUCUGAUUUGGCAGAAUCCAAAUUAAUUGCCUUGCUUAGAAUUGAAGUACAUGUGCUUUUGAAAAUAAACAGAUAUUCAUGGGAGACAAGGAAUUAUUUGGUUUUAUAGAUGCACAGGCUGAUCUUUUUAUAUUUUGUCUACUGUACUCCUUUUACAAGAAUAAACAAAAUUAUUAUUUUGAAUUAUUAUUAGAAGCUGUUUAUUCCUAAGAUUGUUAAAUAUCUAUGAAUUAUUGUCCAUCGAACUGUAUUUAUUUUAUGGUUCUUAAUUUUAGGGAUAUUGGAGGAAAAUAUAUUUAACGUGAACUCAAGAUUGUCUCAGUGUUUUAGAGUGACAGCCUUUUCAAUCCUGCUUCCCCAAAUCACAAACCCUCUCCAACAGGGCAGGUCUAGGUAUUUUGCAGAGUAACCUUCUUCAGAUUCAACUUUAAUACAGGAGAUUUGAGUAAUAGAUGAUCCAUUUUAUUUUCUUUCAUGGAGAAAUUCAGUCCAGGUGCUUCUUCUAGCAGUCUGUAUAUCUAGCUAUAGACGUUAAUAUUUUUUGUCCUUUCCCUAACUACAAUAUAGUUCUGCUAAAAUCUGGUAUCACUGUGACAGUUUUAUUUUCUUAGCUGUGAGGCUUACAGAACCAAGUUUUAAUUAUUUACUUAUGAUUCAUCAGUUAAUUAUUUAACAACAUAGUUCAGGAAUUAAGAGCUGUAUUGUGUUAACAUUGUAUGAGGUCAACACAAGUGUGCUACCAUUUUCCUCUAAUAUCAGAAAGAUCCAUUACUGGAUCUGUGUGGCUUUUAUUACAUCUUUUCCAAAUGAUUAUCUUCACUUUAUAUUUCAAAUCUAUUCAUCCUGUUUGCUUGCUUUGCUUCUAAUUUUUAAUAUCCUUUCCCCGUCCUGUGCCUUUGGAUGGCAGCACACUGCUCAUUUCUUUCAUACACAUCUCUUAAGUACUCAUUAUUCAAAAGCCCUUUCCUUAUUUAUAAUUUUUCUUCUCUUUCUAUCUCACUACAGUGGCUUUCCAGCACUGUGUCUGUGUUCAACUUAAUUUUCUGUGCAGUGUUUCUCUCUCUAAACCCUCUUUAUACUAAUUAAAUUUGUAAAGCAUAAUACAGCUAUAAUUAAUUAGCUGUCAUAGCAUCCAUGUGAUUUUGGAAAGUAAUCAUCCACUCUGAAAGAAGAAGAGGUUGAAUGACUUUGCCAAACCCAUCUGAUAAGAGUUGGCAUGGAAGGACCUGGGAGAUUCCCAGGCAAAAUCUCCUGCUGUCCUCUGUCUGUGCUUGUUUUGAGGCUUGUGCUAGCUUCUGGCUCAUGGCGUCAACAAGAUGUUAUUUAUGAUUAUCAAACUUCCAUUAAUCCAUGCAUCUCUUGUCUAGCUAGGAGCUGUGUUUAACUCUGCUACAGCAUGAAGUUAACCAACCCCACAGAGUGGGUUUCUUUGAUAAUAUGGAUGCUGUUAUGUGGAAAGAUCUCUGCAUUAAACUUGUGAUCUUCCUGUUCAAGCAGUAUUUCUAACCUGAUUUUUCAGAUUUAUGACAUUAAGAAUGUCACAAAUAAAAGCUGAGUUUACCCAAUAAAAGAAACCAAAAGC